AUGCUUCAUGCUGAAAGUAGAGUAAGGCCCUUGGAGUGUCAGGAUGAAAUCACAACUGAACCAUGUUCUAAAAAAAUGAAGUCAACAGAAGGGUUUUACAAGAAAUUCUCUGAUGAUGGCAACCAAGGUACUCAAGAAGAACUGGACACUGAGAGAACAUCAGAUGAUUUGGUACCGGCAUAUGCCUCUGAUAACCAAGGGCAACUUGAAAUGCAGAAGCAAGAGAAAAUACCUACUAGCGUCCUGGGAACAUUGCAUGAAGUGCUCCCUGAAAAUAAUCUAGUGCUUAGUCAGCCAAUUGAUUCAGAAACUCUGCAGAAUGUAAAUCCUCCGUUUGCAUCAAUAAAUGACACUAAAGUUGAAGAAAAGAAAGGCCCUUUUAUUACAAAUAAUACUGGUGAAGAUGAUAUUAGAAAUAGUAGUACAUCAUUCUCAAUAAAUCGGAAUGCAUCAGAUGAAGAGUUUUUUACAAGCAAAGAAUUUAUCGGACCGAUUUACAAGCCUGCCGAAAGCAACAAACAGAACAAAUCUGGCAGUUGCAAUGAAUGUAGAAACAGUGAGGGAGAUCAGAAUGAAUUGCAUGAAAACCAAGCUAAAAGAAAGGAGGCAAAGAAGAUGCAGACUAUUUCUUCUGCUGUACCAGAAAUAGAUGAUGAACUGGACCAGUUCUAUAAAGAAAUUCACCAGCUGGAAAAUGAAAAUUUAGAUACUAAUUUUCAGGAAAAAGAAACUGAAAUUUCUCAGGAACAAUUCUCUCCGUCUGACUGCAGUCAAACCUCACAAGAGGAUUAUCAACGCGUAUUGUUGGGCAGCCCACAACCAUUUUAUGAGAAUGGACAGUGUUUCUUUGGGGAACAGAACAGUCAGAAAACAAGCAGCGAGCAGCAGUUUGUCAUGGAAACAAGUGGCUGGAAAACUGAAAAUACCUUUAAUGGACAAGUAGAUUCUAAAUAUUGGAACUACUCAGUGCCUGAAUUCAGACCUGCUUGGCAGUCAACGGAGUCUUUCAUAGUACCUCAGGGAUCUCUUCCUCCUAGAUUCAACCAUCAGUCGCACUUUCCGAUGUUUAAUUCCCCACCACAAAAGACAAAUGCUCUCCCUUCUCAGAAUGGUGAACUUUUGUACAAAAAUUAUCAUGGUUACCAUGGAAAUACUGAUAUCAACAGUCAUGGUCCAUUGCUUGAUCGAAGUACCAGGUAUGCUGGUCAUAUUGAUAUCCAUCCUACUCAAGUCUUCAGAAAUGGAAAUAAUGAGCAGAAUGGACUCCAAAAUAAUGGUUUCUGUGAAACCAGAGAAGAGUGUUGGAAGGCUCCAAAAGCUGACAAUGCAGAAAGAAUGCACAGCUUUUCUUCCUUGCAGUUACCUGAAGAAAGAUUUGGUUGUUCACAGAAAUUGCUCGUAAUCUUAAGAGGCCUACCAGGUUCAGGGAAAUCAACACUUUCUCGUAUUCUACUUGGUCAAAGUCAUGAUGGCAUUAUAUUCAGCACCGAUGAUUAUUUUCGUCAACAAGAUGGAUAUACAUACAGUGCUGCUCAGCUUGGUGAUGCCCAUGACUGGAACCAGAAGAGAGCAAAGCAAGCAAUGGAGCAGGGAAAAUCUCCAGUUAUAAUAGACAACACUAAUACUCAAGCCUGGGAAAUGAAGCCAUAUGUGGAAGUGGCUCUAGAAAAGGGAUACAGAGUGGAGUUCCAUGAGCCAGAUACUUGGUGGAAGUUUGAUCCUGAAGAAUUAGAAAAGAGGAAUAAACAUGGGGUCACUCGUGAGAAGAUUGCUCAGAUGUUGGAACGAUAUGAAUAUCAAAUAUCCAUACCUAUUGUCAUGAAUUCAGUGGUACCUCCCCACAAAAACACACAAAGGCCACCUCUGCACCGAAGACAUAGGUGGGGAGGCAAUACAGACUCAUGGAAUUCUUUCAGUAUUUCCAGUAGCCGAUAACACCGUUGCAGUCAGUUAAUAAAAAUCUGUUACUUGCCCUUCUAAAACACAUCAUCACCUCCAAUAAAGUAGUGAUCUUCUGUAUUUUAAAUAGGCCUCUUUCAAGACCAUUUUCUUUUGGAGGUUGUUCCUUUAAUGAACUUGCAUGUAAAUAAAAUUGUAC